GGUGUGUGGGGACAUUGGUGUGUGGGGCCGUAAUCUCUCAAGGCUUUCUGACAAGUGUUACAAUUUUAUCAAAGUAUUUGAAUUUUUAGAAAUUAUUUUACACUUUCCAUUUAUAUUUAAUGUCAACUGAAUAUAUAUUUUAGCAGUAUUUAGUAGUCCUUAUUUACUUCUAAUAACACUAGAAGAAGAUAAUGAUUUAAUUUAUACAGUUAGAUAGCUAUUUUCUUUGUUUUAAAAAUGUAUAUCUAAUAAUCAUCAAGAAGUCUCCGAAACCGUGUAAUGCUGUGAUCUUCUGUGAUGUUGUUAGACAGCAGGGCGCAUCUGAAUGAUGUUUGUGGAGGUGUGCGAACUGGUGGACGCACCAUUUGUGAAUUGGGGCGGCAAAAUCUAGGACAGCACCGGGCGUCACAAACUCUAGCUACGUCAUCGAGAGUAAUUCACGUUUUAGGUCACAAACUAUAGCUACGUCAUCGAGAGUAAUUCACAUUUUAGGUCACAAACUAAAGCUACGUCAUCGAGAGUAAUUCACAUUUUAGGUCACAAACUAUAGCUACGUCAUCGAGAGUAAUUCACGUUUUAGGUCACAAACUAUAGCUACGUCAUCGAGAGUAAUUCACGUUUUACGAUUGCACAUAAAACUUAUUUUUUGGGUUUGGUAUUCAUUGCUGUUUCACAAAUUCUUAUAUCGAAGAUUUGUUGCAUUCCUUUUGUAGUUAGUAACCAAAAAAGAUUUGUUGCAUCCCUUUCAUAGUUAGUAACCAACAAAGAUUUGUUGCAUCCCUUUCAUAGUUAGUAACCAACAAAGAUUUGUUGCAUCCCUUUCAUAGUUAGUAACCAACAAAGAUUUGUUGCAUCCCUUUCCUAGUUAGUAGCCAACAGAUAAGUUCUCAACUCGGUCAUACAAUUAAAAGCUGUUGUUUGUUUUUCUUUUAAAAAGUCCAUGAUUUUAUUUAUUCUUCUCAAAUUCUAGUCUAAAUUAUUUGAUUCAAACUGUUCAUGCAAACAAAUGAAAUUCAACAGUUUGCUCCACUCUUUGAAAGUUAAAAUAAAAUACUUGUAACAUAUGAAGAUGUUAUGACAGUACUAUAAAGAUGUUAUGACAGUACUAUCAAGAUGUUAUGGCAAUAAUAUAAGAUGUUAUGACAGUAGUAUAAAGAUGUUAUGACAAAACUAUCAAGAUGUUAUGAUAAAAAUAUAAGAUGUUAUGACAGUAAUAAAGAUGUUAUGGCAGUAAUAUAAAGAUGCUUUGACAGUAUUAUAAAGAUGUUAUGACAGUAAUAUAAAGAUGCUUUGACAGUACUAUAAAGAUGAUAUGGCAGGGAUAUAAAGAGGUUAUGAGAGUAGCGGUAUUUCAUGAAGUAUUAUGAAGGUCACAGAAUAUGAGUUUUGGAACUUGGAUAAGUGAGUGGGUGAUAAGUGAGUGGAUGAUAAGUGAGUGGGUGAUAAGUGAGUGGAUGAUAAGUGAGUGGAUGAUAAGUGAGUGGAUGAUAAGUGAGUGGGUGAUAAGUGAGUGGAUGAUAAGUGAGUGGGUGAUAAGUGAGUGGAUGAUAAGUGAGUGGGUGAUAAGUGAGUGGAUGAUAAGUGAGUGGAUGAUAAGUGAGUGGAUGAUAAGUGAGUGGGUGAUAAGUGAGUGGGUGAUAAGUGAGUGGAUGAUAAGUGAGUGGGUGAUAAGUGAGUGGAUGAUAAGUGAGUGGGUGAUAAGUGAGUGGAUGAUAAGUGAGUGGAUGAUAAGUGAGUGGGUGAUAAGUGAGUGGAUGAUAAGUGAGUGGAUGAUAAGUGAGUGGAUGAUAAGUGAGUGGGUGAUAAGUGAGUGGGUGAUAAGUGAGUGGAUGAUAAGUGAGUGGGUGAUAAGUGAGUGGAUGAUAAGUGAGUGGGUGAUAAGUGAGUGGAUGAUAAGUGAGUGGAUGAUAAGUGAGUGGGUGAUAAGUGAGUGGAUGAUAAGUGAGUGGAUGAUAAGUGAGUGGAUGAUAAGUGAGUGGGUGAUAAGUGAGUGGGUGAUAAGUGAGUGGAUGAUAAGUGAGUGGAUGAUAAGUGAGUGGGUGAUAAGUGAGUGGAUGAUAAGUGAGUGGAUGAUAAGUGAGUGGAUGAUAAGUGAGUGGAUGAUAAGUGAGUGGAUGAUAAGUGAGUGGAUGAUAAGUGAGUGGAUGAUAAGUGAGUGGAUGAUAAGUGAGUGGAUGAUGAGUGAGUGGAUGAUAAGUGAGUGGGUGAUAAGUGAGUGGGUGAUAAGUGAGUGGGUGAUAAGUGAGUGGAUGAUAAGUGAGUGGAUGAUAAGUGAGUGGAUGAUAAGUGAGUGGAUGAUAAGUGAGUGGAUGAUAAGUGAGUGGAUGAUAAGUGAGUGGGUGCGAUGGUUUCGAGUUAAACCGAGAAGAUGACGUCAUUUAGGUAGUCCUCUGAUGUAGCACUUUGAGGUAGCACUAUGAGGUAGCCUUAUGAGAUAGUUCUAUGAGGUAGUCCUUUGAUGUAGCACUAUGAGGCAGUUCUAUGAGGUAGCCUUAUGAGAUAGUUCUAUGAGGUAGUCCUUUGAUGUAGCACUAUGAGGCAGUUCUAUGAGGUAGCCUUAUGAGAUAGUUCUAUGAGGUAGGUCUAUGAGGUAGCACCAUGAGGAAGUUCUAUGAUGUAGCACUAUGAGGUAGUUCUAUGAGGUGGCUCUAUGAGGUAGGUCUAUGAGGUAGCCCUAUGAGGUAGCACUAUGAGGUAGCCCUAUGAGUUAGUUCUAUGAGGUAGUCCUUUGAUGUAGCACUAUGAGGUAGUUCUAUGAGGUAGCCUUAUGAGUUAGUUCUAUGAGGUAGUCCUCUGAUGUAGCACUAUGAGGUAGUUCUAUGAGGUAGCCUUAUGAGAUAGUUCUAUGAGGUAGUCCUAUGAUGUAGCACUAUGAGGUAGUUCUAUGAGGUAGCACUAUGAGGUAGGUCUAUGAGGUAGCACUAUGAGGUAGUUCUAUGAGGUAGCCCUAUGAGUUAGUUCUAUGAGGUAGUCCUCUGAUGUAGCACUAUGAGGUAGUUCUAUGAGGUAGCCUUAUGAGAUAGUUCUAUGAGGUAGUCCUAUGAUGUAGCACUAUGAGGUAGUUCUAUGAGGUAGCCUUAUGAGUUAGUUCUAUGAGGUAGUCCUUUGAUGUAGCACUAUGAGGUAGUUCUAUGAGGUAGCCUUAUGAGAUAGUUCUAUGAGGUAGCCCUAUGAUGUAGUCCUAUUAAUAUAUUUAAACACUGACAUUUUGAGGAUUAAAAAUAAGACUAUAAUAUUUAAUGAGAAACGACUAAUUACUUUGUUCUUCUCUGUUGAUCUUCUUGAACAUAAAGUACCGGUAGUAACUUUGUUGAGGUCAACUAACUUGACCACGUUGACCGACUGAAGCGUAGAGGUUAAAAAGCACAGGAUUCUCAAUCUCACUUGAAACAAUUGAAAAUUCAUUUUAAUAAUAGUAAACUCUCAGUCCCGUAUAUAGUUUGAAUAUUUCCAAUUUUCCAUAGCAGAAGUUGAUAGAGCACUCGACAUUUUAUUUGCAAUAGAAAUUAAUCGCAUGAAUGACUUCAUCUUCUUCUUCUAUGUAUUAAGGGCCCAUGAUCAAUUUAUUGAUCAAUUUGGCUCCUAUGCAUGUAGGGGGAUUUGCAAUGUUUCGGUGCCUGGUCUUGAUGAUAUUUCACUGGUUGCAAGGGCAACUUUGUGAGGGUAUCAUGCACUGGAGGUUGGAAGGCCUGAGACAAUAGACGCAAAUGUGCCUAGUGUUGUCGCCUCAAUUGUUCCUUUUGAAAGCUUGUUCCAGUCCCUGAUUGUCUUGGGCAGAAAUGAGCAGCUCCUAUACUGGCUUCUCGCUGGUAUGAGCCGGAAUUGCCUGUCAUGGCCUCGUCACUGUCUAUGGGGAGUGGGACGAGUUUCUGUUUAAUACUGGAACAGUGGACCAGCCCAUUAUUUAUCUUGUACAUCAUGGAGUGCCUGGAUUUUCGUCGUCGUUUCUCCGAUGGUGACCAGCCUAGUGUUUCCAGCAUGCUGCCGUAUUUGUCCUGUUACAUGUAGGCCUACUUAUUACCUAAUGGCGGCUAUUGGUGCAUAAACCUGUGGUCAGACUAAUGGCGGCUAGUUGUGCAUACAUCUGUGGUCAGACUAAUGGCGGCUAUUGGUGCAUAAACCUGUGAUCAAACUAAUGGCGGCUAGUUGUGCAUACAUCUGUGGUCAGACUAAUGCGGCUAGUUGUGCAUACAUCUGUGAUCAAACUAAUGGCGGCUAGUUGUGCAUACAUCUGUGAUCAGACUAAUGGCGGCUAGUUGUGCAUACAUCUGUGGUCAGACUAAGAUGGUUUUCAUCGUGGGUUUGGGUGGUUGAUACUUACAUUUACAUCGAACAAAGAAGACAAUUGUAACUGAAUCAAUCAUAGGUUAGUUAAGGACAGUUAAGGUUGGGGUGAUAUGUAAAAUGCAAAGGCCCACUGAAAAUUUAAAUAUAUAUAAUAUUAAUAGGCCUAUAUAUAUAUAUAUAUAUAUAUAUAUAUAGGCCUAUUCCUAAAGUGACAUUUUAAUAAAAACGCAAAUCAAGUGCUUUGUCUCUUCUAUGUACUUAAACAAGAAAUUUUAAUAUAAACGCAAAUCCAGUGCUUUGUCUCUUCUACUAUGUAGCAGCAAGGAGUUUCGAUUUGUGGGAGCGUUGACAGUGUGACGAUGGCACACGCCAAGAUCUGUCGUCUGACUCACCCGACUGUGCUGCUCAACACAUGCACGCCACAGUCUGGCUGUCUUGUCCUCAUUAUAACCAUUACUUGUACGGUACUUUAUUUGAUAGCAUAACAAUGGUAGGUAUUUAUAGAAAAUGUUUAGUCACUUAAGUGAUCUAAUAAUAAAAUAAUAGGCCUAUGUGACGUCAUGAUAAUUAUAUAUCUUGCAUUGCUACUCAUUGUUAUUGACUUAUACUUAUUGUUAUUAAUUAUUGUUUGUGCCUUAUACUUAUAGUCCUACUUCACUUAUGUUAGAAGUACAGACAUGAAGUAUGAUGAUGAUGAUGAUGACGUAGCUAAUAGCUAAUUUCAAACUAAUAUCUAAACUAAAUAAGACAAUACAAUUAUUGUUAUGCUGUGUUAUAGUUAAUUUUUAAAAAAAUCAAUAAAUGAAUAAAUCUAUCUGAGGUGGGCUCUGAAAAUAGUUAUUGUUUAAUGAAGUGAAGGACUGAGCUGAUAUUAAUAAUUAAUAUAUCUAACAAUGCUAUCCACAUGUCUAAUAAAUUCUUGAAUUAAGUACAAUUCUAUGUUACUGACUACUCUUAGUCAAUUUUAAUAUUCUUAAUAGCCCAUAUUUAUGUUUGCCUACAUUAUUAAAAUCAAGAGAAAAGGGACUUAAUAAAACUAAGUUUAAUUUAUAAACCAUCAAAAUCUAGACUGGGUCUAGAGUAUAAAUUGUACUAAGAUAGUAUAUGCAAUAUUUAUUACUUUGCUACUCAAAAGAGUGAUCAUAUCUUGCAACAACUCAUCCAACUGUUAAAUUUUUGUUGAACAUAAUAAUUUUAAUAUGAAAAUAAAUUUAAGUUAUGUUCUCAUAAUUCAAAACUCUUACAUCUAAAAUGUUUACACCUACAAGAGCCAAUGUUUAUACCUAAAAUGUUUACACCUAAAAUGUUUACAGGUAUAAAAAUAAAUUCAUAGUAUUCUCUUAUUUCACAAUUUUUAUUUGAAACACACUAUAUAAUCUUGCAAUAUUAUUCCAUAGAACUAUUGAUCUGAACAAAUCUAACAUUAAUUAAUGCUUGUUCCAUUGAACUAUUGAUUUGAACAAAUCUAACAUUAAUGCUUCUCCAAAGAACUAUUCAUUUGAACAAAUCUAACAUUAAUAAUUGUUCCAUAGAACUAUUGAUUUGAACAAAUCUAACCUUAAUGCUUGUUCCUUAGAACUAUUGACUAUUGAUUUGAAUAAAUAUAACCUUAAUGCUUGUUCCUUAGAACUAUUGAUUUGAACAAAUCUAACCUUAAUGCUUGUUCCAUAGAACUAUUGAUCUGAACAAAUGUAACCUUAAUGCUUGUUCCAUAGAACUAUUGAUUUGAACAAAUCUAACCUUAAUGCUUGUUCCAUAGAACUAUUGAUUUGAACAAAUCUAACCUUAAUGCUUGUUUUCUUUUGAACAACUUUGUAUCACAUCAUCUACAUUAAAACUAUAAAAGUAUGUGGGCUAAUAUUAGUAAUAUUAGUAAAAUUAGUAAUAUUAGUGACAUACAUUGUCUAAAUAGCACUUAGGGGUGACCUCCCAAAAGUUUGGCCCUUUAACACACAUGGGCCCACUAUGCAUUCUUUAUAUUAUGUUAUAUACAAAAUGGGAAGGUGGCGCCCCACCCCAAGGUUUGCCACUGCCUAAAAUAAAACCCAUCUAAAAAGGAGAAAAUCAAAAUUGCAUUUAUUUUUAGCCCCUUUUUUGCAAUGCAAUUGAAAUAUAAUUAACACAAAUUUAUUUUCAUCUAUUGCAUAGAUUUUUAAAGAAUAAAAUAUGAUAAACAAAAAUUUGUCAUAGCCUAGGGAAAUAAACCCAAGUCAUAGCGUUGGGCAGCAGAAUAUUCCAUCUUUUAAGAAACCAAAAAUAUUUAAGAGAAUGGCAGAUGUUUAGGUUAAAAUAGUAUCUGCUGAUAAGAUUUGUUGCAACACAUUAAGUAUGAUUAAAGUGAACUAUUUAAAGAUGCUUGAAGUUUAUAGGUACUGAAAUAAUAAUUAUCCUUUACAUUGGUGGAUCCACUGUUCUUGGUAAAACAUGGUAGCUAAAGAUUUAUUAAUUAUGCCAGCUGUCUAAAAGUUUGGUGCUCUCUAUGAAUUUAAACUUCAAUGUUCCAUCAAUUUUGAGGUCCAGGAUCAACACAAAAUAGCAUCUCUUUUUUCCUUGUCUAAUCAAUUCAUUUAUUUAUAGCGGUAUAUCAACAUUCCUUGCCUAGUCCAUUCAUUUAUUAUUAGUGGUAUGUCAACAUUCCUGGCCUAAUCCAUUCAUUUAUUAAUAGCCGUAUGUCAACAUCUAUUACAUGACAUGUAUCUUGAAUUAUUUUUUUUAAUAAAACUAAAAUUUUAUGUUGGAUAAAAUAAAUGUAUUCUGCUUAAAAUUUUAAUUCAGAAUAUUCCUUUUCCAGCAUUCUUCUCUUUAAAAUGAUGUUGAUGUACUUUCUGCUGAUAAAAUUGAACCUCGUAGGCUAUAAUAUCAUUUGGUGAUUAAAUCAUUUUAGGCUUUCAUGUAGGUAUUAAAUCUAUUGUAACUGAUAUAAACCAUUACAACAGAAAUUCUUCAGUCUAUAAAUUUGUACUGUUUGUUUUUAACAAAACAAUUAAUUUAUCAAACAUAGUUUUUAAUAAUGUUAUAAAAAAUAUAGUUUUUUAAUAAUGUUAUCAAAUAAUAUAGUUUUUUAAUCAUGUUAUCAAAUACAUUGUUUUUAAAAUCUGAUCAUAUUAAUGGUUUCAAAUAAUGUUAUAUAUAUUGUUGGAAAUGCAAAAAAGAAAACAUUUCUCAAUCAGGUUUUCAUGAAAUAAAUUGAGGAUAAAAUAGAUAUUUUUUUCUUUUAACUUGAAAUUUAUACAGGUAGGCCUAUAAACUUAUAUAUUAAUCUCUUUUAUCUCUCAUAGGCUCCCACAAUAACUAAUCACUUGGAAAAUAAAAGACCAUAGUAUCGGUACUUCUGGACAACAGAGAAAAAAAAAAUUCAGUGCUUCUGGUCAAUGAAGGACUAUAAUGCCAGUACAUUUAGUCAAUGGAGGACGAAAAUGUCACAGCCCAUUGUAUUUUACAUUUACCUGAGACUUAAAAUUAUUAGCAUGACUGUUUUCUGUUCUCUUGGCAUGACCACAAGUGUCAUGAAUGCCACAGAUGCCUACUCAGGUUUCAUGAAUGCCACAGAUGUCUACUCAGGUUUGUUGAGUUAGAAUGUUACACUUAAAAGUAUAAUACAAUAAUAAUUUAAGUAAUUAAUAUGAUGUCUAUAUGAAAGGUGACGCACCCGCUACUUAUUCUUUUUAAAUAAUCUAGGCCUUUUCUUAAAGUUUUUUCAGCAAAGUUGAACUUUUAAAAUCUAAACCUCCACAAAUUAUUUAAGUUUAAUUUUUAAAACUAAAUAGCUCUGGAAAACUAUAUGAGCUAUUGAAAGUGAAUUAUUUUACAUGUCUCAAAUUAGUGCAGCCUUAAUGUUUAAACAACCCCAUAUGCAAAUUUUCAAUAUACUUCAAAAGUAUUUCCCCCAUAGGUUUCAAUGUUUUUUAAGACAUACAUACUAAAUCAUUCAGUAGGUGCAUUACGGUUGAUUACCUAGUAUGGUAAUUAAAAAAAAAACGGAAAUAAAAAUGUUUCAAACCCUUUAUGUAUCUGUAGUUAAAAGGAAUAAAGUAUUGAAAAAAUACGGCUGUGCUGAUUGAAACAUUUUUUGUUUGUUUUAUUUACCUGUAAGCCAGGGGACACAAAUCAACCAGCUGGACAAAUAAUAGUUCAUUGAUGGGGCGCAGUUGUAGUUCUUGCAGUCAGUGCAUUGUGAGGGUGGGGGGAGUGAAGAGGAAGCCACCCCUAGUUCAUUGAUGGGGCACAGUUGUAGUUCUUGCAGUCAGUGCAUUGUGAGGGUGGGGGGAGUGAAGAGGAAACCACCCCCUAGUUCAUUGAUGAGGCACAGUUGUAGUUCUUGCAGUCAGUGCAUUGUGAGGGUGGGGGGUGUGAAGAGGAAGCCACCCCUAGUUCAUUGAUGGGGCACACUUUUAGUUCUUGCAGUCAGUGCAUUGUGAGGGUGGGGGGAGUGAAGAGGAAGCCACCCCUGGACCUACAAAGGAGGGGGGGGUGCGCAAUUUGUAUGUAUGUAUAUAUAUAUAUAUAUAAAUAUAAUAUAUGUGUGUGUGUAUGUAUGUGUUUAAAUUGUAUGUCAUUUAUUUUUUAAACAAAGGGGCGCCAUUUCAGGCUUUGCCCUGUGUGCAGAUUUACCUUCCCAUGGCCCUGCUUGCAGUGGGGGUCCAAAGUCCUUGGUACACCUCUGAAUUUAAAUGCUCAUUUUAAUCUUCUUGCCAAUAUGAAAUCAUCAUAUAAAAUCAUCAUAUAAAAUCAUCAUAUGAAAUGUAAGAAGUAGAAAGUAGAAUACUUGACUUUUUGAAAUCUAAUCAAUGAACAAAUUAAAAAAAACACAUUUAUUUAUCAUUUCCCUCUUGCUUUUCUCAAUUGUGUUAGAUAUUACCAUGAAGUAGUUUCUGAGUGGUUACACAUCACCACUGACAGGUAACAUUUCACUAUUACCAUUGACUUUAGCAUCAGUAGCAUCUCACUGAGAAAUACCUAAUAUAAUAAUGAUAUUUAUUUAUUCUCAGGGACACCAAAAACAUGUGAUGACAUCAUUUGUGACAACAAUAACAUCUGUCAACUGUCACUUGUAAAUGGCACCCAGAGGAAUGAUGCCCAGUGUGUGUGUUUGGGACAGUGGGCAGGGCUAAGAUGCGAGGCUAAACUAUACCUUUCGCUAAGAACAAUCUCUUCUGAUUCCGUCAGCUUUGAAGUCAAAGGCAUGAAAGCCAGGCCUCCAGUUGAGCAUUUUUCCUUUCAAGAACUUCACAUCACCGAUAUGACACUGGUCAUUUGGAAUCUCAAUAGGUCUGACCAUUGCCUCAUCUUACAACAAACAGAGAUUCAAAGCCCUUUCCACGUACAUGGACUUCAACGAGGUCAAGGUUAUGUGGUAUGCACAGCUAAUGGUGUUUUUGAGUCCUGUUCUGUUUUUGAUGAGACCAAUUUGACCUUUCAAUCCAACUGUUUGCACUUUGAGACAAUAGCCUCUGAACCUAAUCCGCUGAAUUUUGGAGCUGCACUAUUUAGUUGCGUAUUGAGUUUCUUUAUAUUCAUCGCUAUCUGCUACAUGUAUUCUAAACGUCACACAUUACUGGUGCAAUUCAUUUUAAACAUAUUCUGCUUUAGAAACUGUUACUGCCUGAGGAGAUAUGGUAAAAGAAGGCGUCAACCUAUGCGUAGGCAAAGAGAAAUCAGCAGCGAGAUAUUAAUGCCACCGGAAUUUGCCAUUGACUUUUCAUCUUCAUCAGGCUUAUUUGCAAGCAGCUAUAGACCUGGUGUGUCCAGUAGAGCCAUGUCCAGUAAAGCUUCAUCAUCUGGAUCUAGAAGAAGUGCCUUCUCCAUGGAUGCUUCAUUCACAUCAGCAACAGACCCCAUUGGAUUUCUUUAUGAGAAUCAGAGCCUGAUAAAGCCCAUAUACUCCUCACAGAGUUCCGACAUUCUAAAGCUGACAUACCUGGAGGAAGAUCUGUUGCCUUUAAGUUGUGAUCAUUCUGCAUCAAGUUCCACAAUGACCAUUCCAGUCACUUUUUCUGAUGUAGAAUUUUAUAGUAAAUUACAUUCUUUUCAACAUGUGGGCUCAACAGAAUUUUCUUCAUUAGGACAACCUCUGAAUGGACCCCAGUCAUUUCAAAAUGUAAACCAUUAUAAAGGAGCGCAUCAUCACAGUGAGUAUAGUCAGAAUCCUCAUAAUCACAGAGAGUAUAGUCAGAAUCCUCAUAAUCACAGAAAGUAUAGUCAGAACCAUCAUAAUCACUGUGAGUAUAGUCAGAAUCCUCAUAAUCACAGAGAGUAUAGUCAGAAUCCUCAUAAUCACAGAGAGUAUAGUCAGAAUCCUCAUAAUCACAGAGAGUAUAGUCAGAAUCCUCAUAAUCACAGAGAGUAUAGUCAGAAUCCUCAUAAUCACUGUGAGAAUAGUCAGAAUCCUCAUAAUCACUGUGAGAAUAGUCAGUAUCCUGUCAAGAUAAAGAUUUAUAAACAUCCGGAAAUGAACUCAGAAGUUGCAACAUGUUCAGGUGGAAAAAGUUUUCAGAAGGAGCAUUUAAAGAAUCGACAUCAUGUCAAGCAAUUGACAAUCAACAGAUCAACGGUAAAUUAUCAAAGACCUGAUCCAUUAGAUCAUAUGGAGACUAAAGAUCCAUUAGAUCAUAGAGAGACUAAAGACUUAAGGUGUUUCAAUGGUCACAACAACCCCCUGAACACUAACUGUUAUUAUAAUAGUUGCCUUAAUCAAAAUUCUGAAGAUAAGUUUCUAAAAAACCCCGUUCACAUAGGAGUGAAUGGGUAUCACUUCAGUUCAUUUCAUCAUUCUUCAACAGACAGAAAUUCAAGAAAAGCAAAUAGCUCUGGUGGGUGUGAUAGAAUUAUAACGGACAAUCAUUACAAUCAUGACAAUGAUGAUCGUUUCUCUGGUAAUAGCACAUUACCAAGGUCUAGAAAACCUAAAUUCAAAAAAUGUUUUCCAAAUACAGAUGAUUGUAAUCUUGACCAGUCCUACACACUCCCUAGAGACUGGAAGACACCAGUAUCAGGCAAAGGGCCUAUGAGACCAACAUAUCUGGACAUUAUUCCAUCCACUCAAAUGUUUCCUGUGGUCAAAGCAAUGACCCAAAGUUCUACAUUAGUCACAGUUGCUCAGCCCAAAACUUAUAACUGGCAUGUCAAAAACCUUAUCAGUCAAUUUGAAAAUUUACAUUUUUUUAAACAAAAUAAAUCAAACCGAUGUACAGGUGAAGAGGAAGAGUUCCUUGAGUUGCAAUCACCUCUUGCUGAAGAUCGCAGCAGGAUGUCCAAGAAACGACAUGGAUCAAAUUUAAGCUGGGCAUCCGCUCGAAGCCCAAACUCACUUACCAGCCUUAAAAGAAACUCAUGCAAGAAUAGUCCAGUCUUUGAAGGACAUCCCUCCGAACAUUUCAUUCCGCCCUUUUCAUUACAAGAUGAAUGCGAGACUGACAUCGUAGGGAGCUUAAAUGUCAGUGACACAGAAGACAUGUCAUUCAUGUCAAUGGUGGCUCAGGCUAACGGCAGUGUGCUAUCAUGUUUUGAUGAUGACAGCAGUAACCUUGUGACCCCAUUUCACUCAGGGGGUCUCUCAGACUCUGAUGAUGACACAUACAAAGAUGUCACCUCGCUAACUGGUUCAGUAGACACUUUGCGAGAUUACCUUACAGAACCAAUGACCAUUGUCAACACUUUUGAAAGUACAUCAAGAUGGAAGACUUCACAAUCAUCUGAUGAUUUUAAUAAACACUCAUCGUAGACGGCCAGACUUUUAAAGAAAGAUAACAAUGGCUGUUCUAACUAAAUAAAUAUUAGGAAGGGCUGUUCUAACAAAAUAAUGAAAAUAAUACAUGAUACAAUAGUAUUGAAAUGAAUCUGAAGUAGUGGCUUACUUUGAAUUAUUUGCAGCCCAGGGCAAACUCCAAAAGGUGCACCCCAAAAGUGCCACCAGGGGUGGUGGCGCCCUCCCUAAGUGCCACCUGGGGUGGUGGCGCCCUUCCUCCCUCCCUAGGUAUCCACUGAUUUUAAAUACCUGGUACCCAUGAAAAUUGGGAUUUCAAAAAUGUGGGCACACAAAAUUUAGGAAAUGUCUUUUUUGUUUAG